UUUGACUGGCCUUUGACGAGGCAAUUUUUGCGAACCGAUCGAUUGCUCCCCGCAAGCUCUCAGGAGGCGCCAGGAUACCGGGACUGACCCUUGGCUGCGGCCAUUUUCCGGCCGGCUUUGCAAGAGCUUCGUACUCGGCUCUACACCACGCUGACCAUGAUACCGUGAACCCAUCCGGAGUUCUUUUUUUUGUCUGGCGAGGUUGCGAACGAUCCCAGCAAUCAGACAGGAUCUAUUCCCGUCUGAACUGAGUCAGGCAUCGGUCACUUCCUGGUUGAGAUCCAAGCGCUCAUUUUCAACCUACCAACAGCUGAGCGCCGGACAUCGGGACCCCCCCCCCCCCCCCCGAAAUAGAACCUCUUUCCUUUAUUCCGCCAUUCACCCCGUCUCGACUUGCUCACUGCUGGUAUCGGAGAAUUCUAGGUGCAAACACCUAGCGUAACCUUGGGUCCUUCUAGGCGCGUCCGGCCACUGCGCGGUGCCACUUUGGCUGUGCAACCAAGCUAUUGGCUGUGAUUGCCGAUGGGGUGAUUAGUGGGAGCAUGGCUUCGGUUCUCGCUUCUCAACCGAGUGAAAUUACAGCCUCGGGACCAUCUUCUCGAUCUGCCCAAGCCAUGCAGCAGCCGGCGGGGCCUCAGUCCCCCGAUGAUACCAAGCAUGAACCUGAGCACGAGCGGGGUCGUCGCCCGCGUAGCGCAUCCGACGACAAGGACGUAGAAGGGCUUGAUCUGGACGAUGCCGAUGAUAAAGACGGCGGUGACGAGGGGCAACACUCCUCGAACUCGGACGGCCCGGCGCGCAAGCGGAGGCGGAGCCGCAAGGGGUUGGACAAGAAGUUCGAGUGCCCCGAGAAAGGUUGCGGGAAGAGCUACUCUAGGGCGGAGCAUCUGCCCUCGUUCCCGACGACAGGUUCUGCCUCCCCGGAAGUCAACCGGCCGGGGACCGCUUACACCAAGCCCCGCUCUCUGUCUCUCCAGUACCAGUCGCCUAAGGACGCUAUGGGAAGUCCGUAUACACCAAUGCCCAACACGCCUUCGGCCACCUACGCAAACGGGACCUCGAACGGCGUCGACUAUAUGCACCACGACCCGGCGUAUUCGCAUAUGACUCAGCGACCGACACACCAUUCACCGCAGGAUCAACGACGGCCGUCGAUUCAGACUAACGUUGGCCCAUAUGGGGUGCUGUCGCCCAUCUCCACGCAGCCGGGAUAUCACAACCAGUCGCGUGACACCCCUCAGUCCGCCAACGCGAUGCCCUACGUUCCACCUCAGAACUUCCCCCCUUUCAGUCUUCCGCCAUCGGAUUUCGCGACAUCCUCGGCCGGGGCGGUAGCGCGGGACGACCACCAAGCAUAUGCGCCGUCAACAUCUGGCGAAUACACAGACCAACAGCCCCAGUCGACAGGGGAGAUGAUGCUCCUCGACCAGAUGGGCAUGCAACAGACCAUGCCCGUCUUUGGGAGUGAUAGCAUCCUCAACAAGUCGCCUUAUGUCGCAAUUCCCGAGGACUUCGUGGCAUAUCUCUUCAACACGCACGGCGAGAGUUCCCCCGUAACCGGGGUGCCGAUGCAGGGAUACAACUACGGGGAGUUCUCGAACCAGUACAACGUGCCUUACUACAACGACCCGAACCAGCUGGGAUACUUCCCUGCCGCCGCCGGGCCGCAGCAGGUCAUGUCUGUGACCAACCUUCUGGACCAGAACCUGCCCGAAUCCGUCAUAUCGGAAGAAAAGGCAACCGAGAUUUAUGAGUUUAUCAAGGAGAGAUUCCACGAGAACGACCAUGCGCCGGUCGAGAGGCAGCGCGAAGCGAUUCUCGAGGGCGACCGCCACGACGACUCCCACAUGCUGAGCCGCAAGAUGAUGCAGGCUUACAUUGGAUCAUAUUGGCUGCACUUCAGUGAUCAGGUGCCCAUUCUCCACAAGCCCACCUUUUCGCCAGACAAGACGCCGAACUUGCUGCUCAUCGCCAUGAUGACCAUUGGAGCGGCUUGCCUGGACAAGGCCCACGGCCAGAAAGUUACGAAGGCGGGCGCCCAGCUCUCCAACUUCUUGGCGUGGCAUCUCCGGUGGGAGAUGUUCCAAGACCCGAACUGCAGACCCCCCGCGAAGUUGUGGGUGUUCCAGACGCUAUUGCUGCUCGAAUUGUACGAGAAGAUGUACUCGACAAGAGAAUUGCACGAGCGGGCGCACAUCCACCACGCGACCACGAUUACCCUUAUGCGCCGCGGAAGGGCACUUAUCGGCAAGUCGGCCAUGGACUCGCCGCCAAACGCCCGGGACGACAAGACCAACGGGUCGCGGCAAUCCUCCGCCUCUGGCGUCGCGCAUACCCCCGAGGAGUGGUGGCAACAAUGGGUCAUGAACGAGUCGACUCGGCGGGCGGCAUUUGCGGCGUUUGUUAUCGACUCGAUCCACGCAACCAUGUUUGGUCACUCGACGGUUAUGGUUGCCCACGAGAUGCGCCUCCCCUUACCAUGCGACGACAAGAUGUGGAAAGCCACCAGCGGUCCCGAGGUGGCAAGGAUCGACGCCAACCUCAUGUCGGUGGGCCACAAGGCCAUAUCGUUCCUCGAGGGGCUCAAGAGGACACUGAGCGGCCAGGAGGUGCAGACAAACGCGUUUGGGCGCACCAUCCUCAUGGCCGGCCUGCUGAGCGUGAGCUGGCACAUGAACCAGCGAGAUCUCCAGGUCAACUCGCUGGGCGGCGGCGUCUCGCAGGCCCUCGGCGGGCGCGACAAGUGGCGGGGAACGCUGACGAGGGCGUUCGACUCGUGGAAGAGCGACUUUGACAAGACGCUGCUCCGACGGGGCGACGUCUCGGCGGACCCUUACAACUACGACCCCUCGGACCGUAACGAGGCCAACGUGGUAUUCGAGAGCCGUAUGGUGCUGCACCACCUGGCGCACAUGGCAAUGCACGUCGACAUUGUCGAUUGCCAAAUCUUUGCGCGGGCAAAGCGGCUCCUUGGCCGGGCAAUCGGGCCCCAGGAUCUAAACAGCGCUCAGCGGCGGAUGAAAGACAUCUGGGCUCCUUCGGCCAAGGCUCGCGACGCAACGUACUACGCCCUUAAGUUCCUGCAGUCGGUCUUGCUCCCAGACACGGUGAGCACGCCAGGGUCAAACGGCAGCUAUGGUCGGCACGACGAACUGUACUCGGCUAGGGAUGACGUGCUGCUCAACCGCCCGUGGGUGCUGUACUUUGCGGCGCUUGUGGUGUGGUGCUACGGGUACGCGCUGGAAGGCGCCAGCCCGAACCAGCCGAUUCCGGCGACGCAGCAGGACAAGGUUCGGAUGAUGCGCGAGUACCUUCUCAAAUACGGUAGCGUGUCAUCGCCCGAGGAGCUCAAGUCGAUGAAGGGCAUCAGCCACAAUACGCCCGUUCUCAUGGUUCUCAAGGACACGUUUGGGGAUUCGAGAUGGGAGCUUCUGCACGAAGGCGCCACGCUGAUGAAUAACUGCAUCCUUCUUAAUGCAGGACAGAACGUUCCCUAAGAGUGUGAUAUGUGUCGGGAGAUUUAUGCAAAGGCGCGGAGGAGCAGCCAUGUCAAGCAACGUUUUCUUGAUUGAGCGGGUUCCGAGUACGCAGGAUGAGCAUAUGAUGGAAAUGCUGGGAGGGUUUUCCUGACAAAAAGAUUUUGUACUCUUGAAGAAGAAAGAGGCAUGAGGGAGCGGGAGCAAACAUUCUGGUGGUGGCGGCAUUUUCCUUUUUUCAAGCGGGCAUGGCUUGGCCGUCUGAUUCGCUUGUCCUUUUCUCAUCUAUACCCCAUUUUCCUUUCUUUGCUGAAAUUGCAAUUCCUUCAUCAAGGAAGGAUGUGAUCUCUUCCGACGUAGUUUGCAUGCUUGUGUGGAAUGUAUGAGCGCAUCGGCGGUGUACUCGGUUCGCAGGAUGUAAUCGACGUGUAAGGUCAAGAGCGCAGAGUUAUCGGAAUCCAGGCGGAGCGGCUGGUCGGCGUGGUGUAUCCAGUCGUGCCCGCUUUAUCAGGUUUCCAGGCCUGGGCCGCUUGGAUGCGAAGACAGAUCUCCCCGAUCUCCAAACCGUGGGGUAUAACUCACGUAUGAAAUACGUACUCCGCGUCGCAGCUUGUUCGAGGGAUUAGUACUACUCACUGUACAUACAUACGUAAGGGGGUGUACCUGAUUUAUGUAUGUACAGCGUCGUUUAAGGAUGUGUUCGUCUCU